AUGAUCGCGCUAAAGUCCGCUCAGCGCCUUCCUCGGGGUUUAACUGUAGAAUGGAUGGAUGGAAUGCGAGCGCAAUUCACAAAUGUUUGGCUACGAGAUAAUAGCUUCCAUAUGCGACCAGCUCUAGUCCAUCUUGACCUGAAUCCAUGCCCACAGAAAGUUGUUCUCUCAAAUAACUCUGUCUCUCUUGAAUGGCCACCCUUUCUACGAGCGGAAUUCCCUAGUGAUUUUCUUCGAUCGCACAGUACUGUGCAGCCAGGCACAAAUCUCUGCAAAAACCCCAACAAGAUGAUUUUAACGAAGCCGUGGCGAAUUCAGCAGCGACCCUGCUCAGUUGAUAUGCGCCACAUUGGAGCAAUGGUCUGGAAAGAGCCAUUAGUGAUCAACGGUACCGUAUGGCCACAUCUUGAAAAGAUUCCUUCGGUGGUUACGGUAGAAACUCGACACAAUGGUGCACGCAUCAGUCUCGUCGACUCGAUCACAGCUUUAAAGCGAUUGGCGGAAGAACAUCCACAGUACUUCCGAUUCAUGAUCGAAAAUCCUAUUGAGUACCAGCAUGCUUUCUUCAAAGCAUCUCACAAGCUGGCUAACAUUGAUGGAAAUUUUAUUGUUUCGGGUGUAUUCAACAACGAUUAUCGAUCUAGUCAGAUGACAACGGAGAACCUGGAUUUAUUCUAUCGAAGUCUGAAAUCUUUCUAUAACAUUUGUUGCGAGGAACAGCAAGAAGUCUACAUAAAUUCGGACGAAUUGUUGGUUGUCGAUAACUCACAGAUGCUUAUCGGAGCUCCGGCGCAAUGUGGGCGAGAGAUGAGAGUUCGCGUUUUUGCCUGA